CCGCUUCCUCUGCCCACAUCUCUUCCUCUGGAGCAUCACCAGCGUGUGGAGCCUGCCCCACACACCCAUCCCCUGUCAAACCACGGCCUUUACCUGCGUGUUCCGGUGUUUCCCGUGCGACCCGUCCUGCGGGAGCGCCUCCUGGGCCACCCCGGAGUUCAGCCAGCGCUCAGUGGCUCCAAUGGUGAAGAUGACAAGGUCCAAGACUUUCCAGGCAUAUCUGCCUUCGUGCCACAGGACCUACAGCUGCAUCCACUGCAGGGCCCACCUGGCCAACCACGAUGAGCUCAUUUCCAAGUCCUUCCAGGGCAGCCAAGGACGAGCGUACCUCUUCAACUCCGUAGUUAACGUGGGCUGUGGCCCUGCAGAGGAGCGGGUGUUGUUAACAGGAUUGCACGCCGUGGCAGAUAUUUACUGUGAAAACUGCAAAACCACGCUGGGCUGGAAAUAUGAACACGCUUUUGAAAGCAGCCAGAAGUAUAAAGAAGGCAAAUACAUCAUUGAACUAGCUCACAUGAUCAAGGAUAAUGGCUGGGAUUGAGUGGGAAGAGCCCAGCCCUAGCAGCGUGUAAGAGAAUGCCAUCCAACCGAACAUUAUAUCCAAGAGUGAGAGAGUGACUGAACGCUUGGUUCCAUGCAUUUAGAGGCUCUGCAAUCCGGGAGCAUCUUCACACCCUUCUCCAUCUUUAUUGGUGACUGGCCUCUAAAUUUCUGUCUCUCUGUCUCUUUGCUUUGUCUCUGUUUGUGAGUUGACCCUGGCUGCUUCUCUCUCUGUUCUGGCGUUGGCUCAGAGAAUGCACCGAAUGCCCGACAGCCAUUCCAUGUGCCCAGUGCUCGAUCCAGCCUGACCUGGGCUCUCCUGGCACCUCCCCAGGUGCAGGAGGAACACCUCGAGGUUUGGGCAGGAGAAGGUGGGAGAGGGGUGGGGGAGUGGGCCCGCAGGAGAACCAUCAGAAGGUGACGCUGUGCUUCUCCUUUCAGUCCUGGUUAAGCAAGGCUUGAAACCAUCUCCUUGUCUAAAAGGACAGAGAAAUCUCUCCUUGUCUGAAAGGACGGAGAAGUCUCUCCUUGUCUAAAAGGACAGAAAUUACCUCACGGCUGCGUUUUCUCUCCGAGUCCCGAAUCCACCGGCGGAGCCUCAGCCCGAGCCGGCUGAGCCCGAGGCAGAACCAGUUCCCCCCACAAUCUGUGUUUUGUUUGCUAUUUAUGAACUUGUUGUUUGAGGGGGCAGGACCUGGAGGCUGGAGAGAUUCCCUGCCUCUCCUUUUUCUUGCUGGUUCAGGGUAGGGAGGCCGAAGGUCCCAACAGAGCACGGCUGUGGGGAGCGUCCUCACAGCUGGAGAAACCAAAUCCUGACUCUUGAGCCCUUCAGAGAGGAGGAGAAAACCACUGCAGGCACGAGGAGGCUGGAGCUGCAGCUUAGAAAAUGUGGCAGGGGUGACUAAAGGCACGUGCAAGGCAAGGAAGAGGAAAUUCCGUAGAGGAGGAUGGGGACAAACAGUAACAGAGGGUACCCCUGGAUUUCCUGGCCUCCCCUGAGCACCCUGGGCGGUGUUUUACCAACCUUUCACAAGUGCAAGUGGGAAAAUGCUGUUACAGAACCUUUUCCUUGAAUCCCAGGCCCCGCUGUGGGAGCCUGGCACAGAAAUGGUGCGAGAGUGGGGCGAGGAGGGAGCCGAGUUCCUGGCGGUUGUGUUGCACAGGUGGAUAUUUCAAGCCCUGAGGUAUCCUCCCCAAAUCCUUCCCCCCUUUUCCCAAUCCCAGCAGCCUGGUGCAGGCACAGGGAGAGUGGGAAAGAAAAAAAAAAAGAGAUGAAACAUCUUCCCACCACCCCUGGAAUGAUCUAUGCCUUUUGGGGGGGGGGGUAGAUGUGGGUGUCAAAACUGCAAGGGACAACGAGUCCUUCCCAUUUUAACUUUCCAUUGUGAUUCCUGGGCACCUUCCCGAGGUGGGUGGUGGGGAAGGGGCGUCGUGGGCGAGAGGGGAACUGUGUGAGGCCAGAAUGACAACACGGAGUUUGCUCUGCAACAGUCCAGCCAGUACCUGGUGCAUAACCCGAGACUAAGGAGCUGAACUUGUUUAUCUCUCCCUCUGUGAGUUUUUCUUUCUGUUUGCAGAAUUCUUUCAAGUCAGUUAAUCCAUGGGGGGAAAUCUUUCUUAAUCCAGAAGGAAGGAGUAUUGUGCAGGGGGUGGUGACUCCUUAUGAAACAGAAGCUUUGGAGCUGAUGUAAUCUGUUGUCUCUGGCCCCCACCCCUGAGAGAUUCCAGGGGGCUGUGGAAGAGUCAUUUGGUGUGAAGUUGGCAGGGAAUGGGAAUAGAGACUCUCCUUAAGGAUCAGGGUGGAAUUUAGUGUGGGAUCCUUGUGCUGAAACCCAAACCUGAUGAAGCAGAGGUGGUUUUUUUUCUCUCUCAAAGCUCUGUUCUUGACAACCUUGGAGAAAUGAGGUGGAGUUGGCCAGGCUCCUGCAGGGGAUGGAGUUGGAUCCAUUUGUGACCAGCCUGUCCAGAGGUGGCUUCUGCCCUCACCCUUCUGCUCUGGCUGUGUAACAAUUGCUUCAGCUUUUGUUUGGGAUUGUCUCUGCUUCCAUCAGCCACAUUCCCUCCAGUGACAAAUCCAGUAGAAAUCAAAGAUUCCACAGCACCUCUUGUCCUGUGGACUCUGGCACUGACCUGGUGCCAUUUCCCUGUCCUGUGGUUGAGGAUCCGUGGCAAUUUAUUGAGUUUUGACUAGAGGGAAGUGAUUCCUGUUCUUCAAAGAGCUCUUUAGUCUCCACAGAGCCUUUAAAGGAGCUGGGAGAGGGAAGGGAUCAUCCCAAAUCCUAUGAGGUCGAGAAGAGCACACAGAGCUUGUGGUUUGAUGUUGGUAUUUGGAGUGACUGCUGAUGAAAAAGCGAUAUAAAAGGCAGGGCUGUGCAGAGAACUGCUCUGAGAAAUUAACAGCUCCAGAGAGCUGCCAGGUGUGAAUGUUUUUAUCCAUUUAUUUGGGACAAAAAAGGACAGUGCCCAUCAGACCUGGCUGGAUUUUACUGGGCGCAGGUGUUGGGCUUUGAUGGCAACCAGUCCCAGCUUGAAUAGGGCAAGGUCUUAAUCUGCUUUUAACUGGUUUUGUCCCAUCAGCAUUGGCAGAGCCCGGCCUCGAGCCCUGCUGGGAACCGGUGUGUGUGACUGUGGCUGUCCCCAGCACCCAGAGGAUUCCCUGGGGAGGGACUGGGAUGCCCUGCAUAGGUGGAUGAGGAGAAAUGGGCUUGUGCAGCUCCUGGGUGUGUCCAGGAAGCAGGAAGAGCUUUAGUUGGCUGCUGAUUGCCCUGGGAGCUGCUGUGGUGGGGGCUGGCAGGAAUGUGGGAUCUGUGCUCCUGGGGCUCCCACAGCAGCACAGGGAGAAGUGGGGGAGUCCCAGAGUGACACACUCAGAGAUAACCAAAGAACUUCCGUGCUGAGCUGAGCCAGGUGGGGCCUUUUCCCAGGAGAAAUGGACAUGUGGCCCAUGGGAGCUGCCUCCUGAGCACUUGGUGCUGUUUUCCAUGGGCAGCAUCCUCGGGAAAACACGGACAGCAGCGAGUUUUCCCUCUUUUUUGGAUGUCCAGCCUUGUGUCUGGGCAGCUGCAAGCACCCUCGAGUUUACAUCCCCUCCUCUACCCCAAAGCUCAGACUUGAGUAAGUUUUAAAUUGUUCUUGCUCUGGUGUGAAUUGUCUGGUGUGAAAUCCUGACCCCUGUAAGAAAUAUUCAGAUGAUAAUAUAUACAAAGCUGAAAAAAUAACCCCCAGGCGUUAUCUUGUGAAAUAUACGUUUGUAAAUAAUAUUUAAUUUUUUUUAAAAGAAAUAAUAUAUUUGGUGCUGUUUUCUCAGAGCCCCUCCCUGAGAGCACUUUUUUUGUUGUUGCUGUUUAUGAUGAUCCUGUUGCCUUCUGUAUUUGUUGGAAAAUAUGUUUAAAGGGAAACAAAAAUCAUAAUUUACAUUGUCCUCUGAAGUGGAUCCGUGUUUCCUCUGCAUGUGGCAGGAGAGGGGACUCGCUCCCACUCCCAGCUGGCAGAUUUGGGGCUGGGUUGGGGACAGCAGCCCCCAGGGUAUUUGGGAUGGGAGGGGCUGCAGGCACUCAGGAGGGCUCCAGUUUCCCUCUGGGUUUCCCUGCGGCCGAGCCCAGCGUCACCUCGUGCUCCCACCAGGAAUUCCCUGGAGCCCGGUGGGGCUCCCGACUUUGCCUGGAUUGUAGGAUCCAGGCCUGGAACUUUGUCUUGCACCAGUAUUGGCUGGAGUGAAGCAGAUCCGGAGCUGUAGGAAUUGGGAUUGGGCAGGAGCUGCAGCCUCGGAUUCGCUGUUGCUCGGGGACAGCAGGGAUGGAGGAUGGAGCUUUUUAAAAACUCGAUGUUGUUUUUAACCUAAACCAUAAAUCUUUGGAUCCUGGUUUUAUUUUUGAGGGGAGUUUUUUUUUGUUGUUUAUUAUUUGUUUUAAACCAGGCUGCUACAUAACAAAUUAGAGUAAAAGUUUACCUCUCUUGGCAGUAAAGUUCAUUUAUUUUGUUCUCCUUUCUGUCUUUAAUCUCCCCCCUUCUUGCCCUUCUUCAUUUUUAUUUCAUUUGGUCUCUUGUUUAUCCCAAAGUGGACCAACAGCACAAACCACUGGACUGUGUUUUGCUGAGCAAGGAGCUUUUCAAGAACUGUUGCAGGCUCUUGAAUUCUCUGGGUUUGGUGCACACGACUUCAAAACACCCAGGAACAAAACAAACCCUGCGAAAUAAAACCUGAUGUUCUCGUGGCAAUCAAGUGAGAAUUUUCUCUGUAUGCAUUUUUCUAACUGGUCUGUGAGAGUGUGAAUCAUGCAUUUCACUGCACUUCCCUGUUUCCAGAGGAGCUUCCACAGGAAGCAGUUUUGGGAUGAAGAGGGGACACCAAACACCAAGCUCAGCUCAGUGGGAAGGAGCUCUUCCCACCACAGGAGGGGCCUCAGUGCUCAGAAACAAUCAGGUUAGACAGAGAUUUUUCUGCAGAAAUCCUGGUGAAAAAGAACAAGCAGAAGAGGGGAAACAAAAUCAUCUUGAAUUCAGAAAAAAAAAAUUUAAAAACCAACAUAUUUAAAUGCAAGCAGAAUGGCAUUGUGUAAGGUACAACCACAAAUAAGCUGUUCUCAUCGUUACAACUGUGUGUAUCCUUUGUUUUGUUCUUCCUAAGGAGAUGGGAAUGCUUUCCCCACUGACAAAACUAAGGACAAUAUUUCCAAUACCAGCCUGUCUCUGGAUGCUCUUGUGUUUACAAAUUGUGUAUACUUUUAUUUCUUUGAUCUUAUUUUAAUUUUUUUUUUUUUUUGGCAUAUUCUUUCAGGUCGUUUGCUUCAGUCAUAAAUGCAAUUGUUUGUUUUCAAAUAAUUGGUUUUCACCUUUUCAUGUAUUUGUACAUUGUAUAUAGUUCUUCAGUAUUAGAGGGAGGCGUAUUGUUUGUCAUAUUUACAAUAUGUGUUGGUGCUCAUUUGAGAAAAUAAAAUUUUCAAGUACUAAA